CUGCGGGCGCCGGAGCGGCUCUUCAGCGUUUGCGCCGGCGGCCGCCGCGUCUGGCUCGGCUCCCCCUUUCCUCUGACCCCCCGGCCCGGCGGCGCCCGCCUUCUCCGCGGCCACUCCGCCUCUUCCCUCCUGCCGUUCCCUUCCUCCUCUCCCUUCUUCCUUCCUCCUUCCCCUCCUCGCCGCCCCCGUCGCCGCCGCCGCCGCCCAGGACCGCCGGCCGGGGGACGAGCUCGGGGCAGCAGCCAGGAGUUUCCUAACCACAUAACCUCUCAGAACUGAACCAAAACAACAUUAUUCCUGGAGCACCUCUUUUUAAGAAAGCAUAACCCCUACUGUAGAGCUAAAUGCACUGUGCAUGAAACUUGGAAAAAAACCAAUGUAUAAGCCUGUCGACCCUUACUCUCGGAUGCAGUCCACCUAUAACUACAACAUGAGAGGAGGUGCUUAUCCCCCAAGGUACUUUUACCCAUUUCCAGUACCGCCUUUACUUUAUCAAGUUGAGCUUUCUGUGGGAGGACAGCAGUUCAGUGGGAAAGGAAAGACAAGACAGGCUGCAAAACACGAUGCUGCUGCGAAAGCCUUGCGGACCCUGCAAAGCGAGCCCCCACCGGAGAGGCUGGAGGUGAGGCGGGUGGGCGAGCAGGUGAAUGGAAGAGAAUCAGAAGAAGAAAAUCUCAAUAAAUCUGAAAUAAGUCAAGUGUUUGAGAUUGCACUUAAACGGAACUUGCCUGUGAAUUUUGAGGUUGCCCGGGAGAGUGGCCCCCCCCACAUGAAGAGCUUCGUGACCAAGGUGUCAGUUGGGGAGUUUGUGGGAGAAGGUGAAGGGAAGAGCAAGAAGAUUUCGAAGAAAAAUGCUGCCAUAGCUGUUCUUGAGGAGCUGAAGAAGUUGCCACCCCUGCCCACAGUCGAGCGAGUGAAGCCCAGAAUCAAAAAGAAAACAAAAUCCAUAGUCAGGCUACAGAGCAGCACAGACUAUGGCCAGGGGAUGAACCCGAUCAGCAGGCUGGCCCAGAUCCAGCAGGCGAAAAAGGAGAAGGAGCCGGAGUACAUGCUUCUGACGGAGCGAGGCCUCCCACGCCGCAGAGAGUUUGUGAUGCAGGUGAAGGUGGGAAACCAUACCGCGGAAGGAACAGGCACCAAUAAGAAGGUGGCCAAACGCAACGCAGCCGAGAACAUGCUGGAGAUCCUUGGUUUCAAAGUCCCACAGGCUCAGCCCACCAAACCAGCCCUCAAAUCAGAGGAGAAGACACCAGUAAAAAAACCAGGGGAUGGAAGAAAAGUAACCUUUUUUGAACCUGGCUCUGGGGAUGAAAAUGGGACUAGCAAUAAAGAGGAUGAGUUUAGGAUGCCUUAUCUUAGCCAUCAGCAGCUGCCCGCUGGGAUUCUUCCCAUGGUGCCCGAGGUUGCCCAGGCCGUAGGAGUCAGUCAAGGACACCACACCAAAGAUUUCACCAGGGCAGCUCCGAAUCCUGCCAAGGCCACGGUAACUGCCAUGAUAGCCCGUGAAUUGUUAUAUGGGGGCACCUCGCCCACAGCCGAGACCAUUUUAAAGAAUAACAUCUCUUCAGGCCACGUACCCCAUGGACCUCUCACAAGACCCUCUGAGCAGUUGGACUAUCUUUCCAGAGUCCAGGGAUUCCAGGUGGAAUACAAAGACUUCCCCAAAAACAACAAGAACGAAUUUGUAUCUCUUAUCAAUUGCUCCUCUCAGCCACCUCUGAUCAGCCACGGGAUUGGAAAGGAUGUGGAAUCCUGCCAUGACAUGGCCGCACUGAACAUUUUAAAGUUGCUGUCUGAGUUGGACCAACAAAGUACAGAGAUGCCAAGAACAGGAAAUGGCCCAGUGUCUGUGUGUGGAAGGUGCUGAACCUUUUCUGGCCACGAACCGUUGUUAAAACCCCAACAUAUAUACUGAAAAUACUGAAACUGCUUUGAGAAUUUGGAAUUUCUGAUACCUCCAGUGGGCUGAGACACGUGCUGGGUAAAGAAGCAGAGGCGGCAGUGGUGACGAAGGCGGGGACGCAAGGAGGCAGUGUGGCUGCGCGUGCGCGGUGUUUUGUGCCACACGCAGGCAGCUGCUUGCUGAGGGGUGCUGCGAGGCCUGCCAAGCGGCCCUGGCUUGACCGGGAAACCAGCAGGCCCCGGCCCCUGGCACCUCGGUGCUCGGCUGUCGUCACCCUUUGGGCCGUGUUAAGGACACAGGAGAGAGCGCGCGCACCCUUUCUCAGACUGGCUCACGCAGACGCUUGGGACAAACCCUGGAUACCCACGCCGGGGACAGGGGCCUUAGACCAGCCCCAGAGCCGAAAGCACCAGAGAAAAUCAAAUGCUUCCUACUCAGCGCCAACCAUUCUAGUGUGCUACGGCCCCACCUCCGUGGUGCCCACACCGUCCCCACUGCUUUCUCUUCCAACAGAUACGUACUCUUAGUUUUCUUAUUUUCUUUUGAUUGAAAUGACACUAUAUAAAUUUUCAUUUGAGAGUUCCUCAAUUGUAUCUAGUUACAUAGCACAGUUUAGAAACUUGUCCGAGACUGACCCUACUGGAAAUCUAAUCAGCAGAGAUCAUAUCUGUGUGUAUGUGGUUCCACAUUCUUACUUUGUCAGACUGAGCCAGGACCGUUGCAGCGAUGCGGACGAUGUGCCCUCUGGUUCAGCUGCAACGGUCCUGGACUUGUCAGCAUCCUGGAUGAAGUCUCCCAUGGUUGUAUAAAUUGGACAGUUUAGGAGUUUUAAACUUUAAUGAUCAUUUGUUUCCUUUUCUGUUUUAUUUUUGUUAAUGCAACAGGACUUAAAUGAAUUUUGGUCUUUGUUUUAAAGAUUAUUAAAAAAAAAAUUGUGUGUCUAUACAUAUGGCUCUUGAGGACACGUGGCUUUCACACUACAGGAUAUGGUCUCUGUGUAGUACGUCUAAACCCGCAGAUGGAUUUUCCUGGAGUGCUUUGUACCGCUGUUACAUCUCCAUGUAGGGCGGCAGAGAGUGGCCUGUGUUGAGCUCCGAAACUGUUGCUUUUGAUGUUGUGUUACUGUGCACAGAAGCGUGUGCGGUAAGGUCCUGCAUAUGGUCCAGAUGAAAAGCACCGUAGUCUUGCGAGUUAAGUACUGCUUUUGUUCGAUUCAUUGUUUACGCUGGAAUUUUAUCUCCCCAUGGAAUGUAAGUAAAACAUAGUGUUUGUCACCAAUAAAUGGUAAUACUAAAUUUUUUUUGUUAAUUUAUUCUCAGAUGCCACUACUGCUAGGUAGGUCCCCUCCCAACCUACCUCCUACCCUUUUUUUUUUUUAAGGAAAAAACAAAACAAAACUUUGUAAUGCUUGUGAUUCUGUUUGGGCAAAAUUCUGAAGAUCUGAAAUGACUUUAUAUCAAACCAUUGAUCAAUAAACAGCUACUAAUGAA